AUGCCUCCGGGCAAACCCAUGCCAAACUUUGCGGCAUCGACAUCACAAUCGUCAGUUUGGGAUCGCAUAACAGCAUGGGCUUCCGAGAAUAAAGCAGUUGUAUAUACAAUCGCUGGUGUGGCAGUAGUAGUCUCAGGUGCUGGAGUUGCAUACUACCUAUUAGACUCGAAGGAUUCCACGUCUACCCAAAGCGUAUCAAAGAAAUCAAAGGAGAAGAGGAGACGGAAGAAGGAUGAGAAGAAAGAAGUCGAUGUAGAGAAGGGAACCACAACACCAGAUACAAAACCUAAAGCAGCUGCAGAGACUUUGGAUGAGCUUCCUGAAGUUGACGAAACCACCGUUGGGAAUUUAUCGGAGCAACAACGAAAAGAAUAUGCCGCGAAGUUGAAAGCAGCCGGUAACACUGCAUAUGGGUCCAAGGAUUACCCUCGAGCUAUCGACCUUUACGGUAAAGCCAUCCUUUGCAAGCCAGAUCCUAUCUUCUAUUCAAACCGUGCUGCAUGUUACAAUGCCCUUGGCGAAUUCGACAAAGUUAUUGAGGAUACCACUGCUGCGAUCAAUCUCGAUAGCGAAUAUGUAAAAGCCUUAAACCGUAGAGCAAAUGCAUAUGAACAUACCGAGAAAUAUAGCGAGGCUUUACUCGAUUUCACUGCCAGCUGUAUAAUCGAUGGGUUCCGAAAUGAACAAAGCGCACAGUCUGUCGAAAGAUUACUCAAGAAGGUUGCGGAGUCCAAGGCAAAGGUCAUUCUCGAGGCCAAGGAUAAGAAGCUUCCAAGUCCAACAUUUGUCACCAACUACCUACAAAGUUUCCGAUCAAAACCCGCCCCCCCAGGAUUAGAAGAUAGUGUUGAAAUAUCGGAGGAAACAGGAAAGGGUCAAUUACAACUCGGACUUCGAGCUAUGGCAAAGAAGACUAAUGAGGGAUAUGAAGAUGCUUCAGCUGCAUUUGAGAAAGCCUUGGAUUUGGGAGACCUUGGUGAACAUGAAGCCUUUGCGUACAACAUGCGCGGAACAUUCAGAUAUCUUCGUGGAGUACAAUUGGACGCCUUGAGUGAUUUGAGCAAGAGUAUUGAACUGGAGCCCGAUUAUACACAAAGUUAUAUCAAGCGUGCCAGCAUGCAUUUGGAACUUGGUGACAAGGACGCCGCUGCCGCAGAUUUUGACAAGGCUAUGGAACAACAUGAUGAUGACCCUGAUAUCUACUACCACCGUGCCCAACUCAAUUUCAUCCUCGGUGAACUCUCACAAGCAGCAAAGGACUACCAAAAGUCUAUCGACCUCGACCGGGACUUCAUCUUCUCACACAUUCAACUUGGUGUUACACAAUACAAGAUGGGCUCCACCGCAUCAUCUAUGGGAACAUUCCGACGCACAAUCAAGGCAUUUGAAGAUGUACCUGAUGCAUACAACUAUUACGGAGAGCUUUUGUUAGAUCAACAGAAGUAUGAUGAAGCCAUCUCACAAUUCGAAAAGGCCGUUGAAUUGGAGAAGCAAACUAAACCAUUAGGCAUGAGUGUCCUUCCACUCAUUAACAAAGCACUUGCUCUUUUCCAAUGGAAGCAAGAUUUUGGAGAGGCAGAAAAACUUUGCGAAAAGGCUCUUAUUAUUGACCCUGAAUGUGAUAUCGCCGUCGCAACCAUGGCACAACUUCUCCUUCAACAAGGUAAGGUUACUGAAGCUCUUAAAUACUUUGAGAGAGCAGCAGAAUUAUCUAGAACAGAAGGAGAAAUUGUUAAUGCGUUGAGUUAUGCUGAGGCUACGAGGACACAAUUGGAAGUUCAAGAGAAAUAUCCACAAUUGGCUAGUAGAUUAGCAGGUAUGAGCGGACUUGGAGCUGGUAUGCGUUAA